AUGGCGGGGAGCGAGGCGGGGAGCCAAGCGGGGUCCCGGCGGGGUCCGCCGCCGCGUGCCGGGCCGCAGCGGACGGCGUCGAGGGGCCGGCGGACCUUCUGGGAGCGGCCGGCCCGGGGCCCCGGGGGCGGACCGGAAGUGCCCGCGGCCCCACCGGAAGUGACGUCGGCGGGCGGCCUCCCCCCGCCGCCUGAGGAGAAGACGACGAUGACGACGGCGGCCAUGACGCUGAGGAACCUCCCCAUCGAUGUGCAGUUGUACAUUCUGUCAUUCCUUUCGCCUCAUGAUUUAUGCCAGUUGGGAAGUGUAGACCGUUACUGGAAUCUGACCAUUCGAGAUCCCCUUCUGUGGCGGUAUUUCCUUUUGAGGGAUCUUCCCUCUUGGUCUUCCGUUGACUGGAAAUCUCUCCCAGAUAUGCAGAUUUUAAAAAACCCCUUUCCUAAGGACACAGAUGGGGUACUUUCUGAUUACAUGUCCAUAUACAAAAUGAGCUGCCCUCACACAAGAAGGUGCUUGAAAUCCAGCCACCCCAUCUACGGGGCCGUCACUUCCUUUCUGCAGUCCUUGGUAAUCCAUUCAGAACCCCGUUUUGCUAUGUUUGGACCUGGUUUGGAAGAGCUGAACAAUUCCUUGGUGUUGAGAAUGAUGUCUUGCACAGAGCUUUCACCAGUUGCCGGUUUACCUCAGAGGCAGAUCGAUGGAAUUGGAUCGGGAAUCAGUUUUCAGUUGAGCAAUCAACAAAAGUUCAACAUCCUGAUAUUAUAUUCAACUACCAGAAAGGAAAGAGAUCGAGCCAGAGAAGAGCAAACAAAUGUAGUCAACAAGAUGUUCAAUCCCGAACAGCCUGGAUCUGAGCAAAAGGGAGGACGUUACAACGUGAUACCACAGAUUCAGAGAGUGUGUGAAGUGGUGGAUGGGUUCAUCUACGUCGCCAACGCUGAAGCUCACAAACGACACGAACGACAAGAAGAAUUUUCUCGCAUCUCGGCCAUGACCAAUGCAGCAUUUGGAUCCCAGGCGAGACCCCUUCUGGUUUUAUCUUGCGUUUCCCAAGCCGAUAUAGAAAGGACCCCCUGCUUUUACGUCGCCCACGAGCUCUGCUUGAACCGGUUAGGUCGACCUUGGAUGGUGCAGGACACGGAAGCCGCAGGUUUGACCGGACUGUCGGGUGGCAUCGAGUGGCUUCUUGGCGAAGUCGAUCGCAGACGUACGAGAUAACUGCUCGGGGCGGCUGGCGGGAGCCCUUUGGACCGGGAAUCACCCGGUCUGCCAGGGGAACCCCACGAUGGACCCGUCGCGACUCGAACUGUGGGGCCCGGGCGGGCUUAAGCCCCCUCAUUCCUCUCCCCCGGGCCCAGAGUGGAAAUGGUGGACGGGUGGUCUCAGCCGGCUAUUUCCGACUCCUGGGACUAACUGCCACUGCGAAGUGUCUCACGUUUAAUUGUCGCCUCAAUUGAAUUAUGAAGGAAGCACCCUGUGCCAAUUUCUGGCGCUCGCACGAUUCUAUUGGACGUUGCUUUUAUCGUGUUUAUCCUUUUCGAAAUCCAGUUAUAAAUUCUUAAGCGUUGA